UAUAGUUGGAUUUGUGCUGUACUGUACAGGAUGCAAGAGGUUAAUGAUCCUCAUAUGGACCUUGAAAUGCAGUUGCCGUUAUCACCCCCUGCUGAGAAUUAUGGUGGUGGUUCCAGUGCAAGACAAAUAAUGCGGACAGCCAUACUAGUUAUCCAGUCUGUACACAUGUUUCAUGCGGUAUCUUCAUCCAGAAGGGUUGAUAGCAGUCCUGAGGAUGACCAAAAUGCUAAAAAUGAAGACAUUGAAGAGGGCAUUGUUGAAUGUGUCAACUCAGAUCAAACUGCCCCAUUGCUGGAGACAGUAGAUGAUACUAAGCAUUCAAAGAAGCUGAUGAGAAGACUUAUCCAUGUUCUACAUUCAAUCCUAGCCUUUAAAGCACAUGAAGAAAGCAAUCCAAGCAAAGCCAUAAAUACCAUCUCAACGAUUGUACGCCAGAAGAACUUGUUAGCCUUUCGAGAAUUCGGAGACUUAGGUAGGGUUAAAUAUGCACUACGUACAGAUUUGGAAAAUGGAAUCUCUGAAAACGAAGCUCAAAAUCGUAGCCGACGACAGACCUUCUUCCUAAGUCUGGCUCCUACACACUCAUUCUUCCAUUUGGUAUGUGAAGAAGUCAAGAUGAAAACAAUUCUCCUCCUUUUAGCGGGUGUAGCCCUUUCAACUGUAUUGCGGAUCAACCAAGUAGGUCUAAAGUAUGCUUGUUAUGAUGGGGUAGUUGUACUCAUCGCAAUUGUUCUUAUGGUUUUCUUUGCUUCGUUCCGCAAGUACUGGCAAGAACAAAGGGCCCAAAAGAAGUUACAAAAUCACCAACACCUAGAAAGGGGAGCGGGAAAAGUUCAUGUUAGAAGGGGAGGUGAACCUAAAGUUAUUUGUGAAUCAGAGCUAGUAUGGGGUGAUAUUUUGUUAAUAAAAAAGGGGGAUGAAGUCCCAUGUGAUGGUUUGUUUGUAGGUGGUGAACCACUAGAACUUGACUAUGGGAGUGAAUCAUGUACAGUUAAUCAACAUAACCCAUUUUUAUCAUUUGGUGAAAGAGUGGUAAAAGGGGAGGCUCGAAUGGUAGUUACAUCACCAUAUUUGGAAACAGAAUGGAGUGAGAUGAUGAGCAAAGACAGUGGACCUCCAAAGAGGAGGUUCGAAUUAGAAAUCCAACUCGACAAGUUGAACCUUCGCAUGCACGAUAUUCAGAUGGUUAUCAGUAUUCUCAUCAUCCUUGUGUUAAUAUUCCGCUAUAUGGCAGGACAUAUAGAUGACGAGAAUGCUUCCAGACCAGAAUCAAUGGCUGAACCAACUGCGAUGACAAGUUUUACAAAUACCUUCAAAAAGAUCAUUAAAGAAUCUACAUACACAACCAAAGUUCUAACAAAAUUACUAUGUGUAUCACUGGUUAGUCUAACUGAGGGGGUGCCAUUUGUUGUUUCACUUGCAAUUGUUUACUGGAAUGACAAAACUUUAUAUGGGAAAGGCAUGGAACAAGAUCCACAUGGUAUUGCAAAGAUGGCACAUGUUACACGAAUUUGUACCGACACUCUUAUCACUGAAGAUGUGAUGGAGGUUGAAAAGGUCUUUAUUGGAGGAGAAACUAUCGGUAGGUCGACCGCACUAUCUCCUGAUGUUAUUGAAGUACUAUGUGAUGGGACUGGCACAUUGAAUAAAAUAUCUUUUCCGCGGGUGAAAGAUAUGUUUAGAUUUGGAAGGGAAAAAGGAUGGAGAGCUAUAGAUACAAAGGGUGCAAAGUCGUUUGAUGAGCCUUGUGGUGUUUUGAUGAGGCAGAAUAAAGAAAAUGAAGAGUUAGUGUGGCAUUUUAAUGGGCCAGUGAAUGAAAUCCUAAAUAUGUGCAAACACUACUAUGAUAUUAAAGGGCACAAAGCACGCUUUGAUGAUGAAAUGAAACAAAAAUUUGUCCAAGCUAAUCAGGACAAUCAGCAUAAACACAAAUUAAUAACAAUUGCAUUAGCAUGCAAGCCUGUGUGUUCCCAAACAGAAGAUGUGGAAGACUUGAUCUUAAUAGCUUUGCUAGGCCUGAAAACCAAGAACAAGGAAGACACAAAUGCACAAGUCAGGGCAUUAAGAGAACGUGGGAUCAAAACUGUGAUUGUCUCAAGUAAAAAGAUGUCGGUUUUGCAAGACAUUGCUCGCAAAUGUGAAGUUGUUGCCAAUGGUGAAUCGGAAUCUUUGGUCAUGAUUACAGGUAAAGAUUUCAGGAACUACACGGAUAAGGAGAGACUUGAAAAAGUAGACAACAUCCGUGUUCUCGGUGAGGCCCUUUCAUCUGAUAAGCUACUCCUUGUAGAGACUAUGAUGGAAAAAGGUAAAGUGGUGGCUUUUUUGGGACAUAGAACAGAUGAGGCCCCUGCAUUAAAAAGAGCACAUAUAGGGAUAGCUAUGGGAACAUGGAGCUCUAAUCAGGCAAUAGAAAAUAGUGACAUAAUCAUGGACGGGAGUUUUGCCGACUUAAUCAACAUGGUUGAUUAUGGAAAAUGCAUCUAUUAUAAUGUGCAAAGCUUUCUCCAGAUUGUUUUGAACACCACCAUUAGCUGCAUUUUGAUAGGCUUUAUCGAGACGGCAGCUUUCGGUGAUGCUUCUCUAACAACCUUUCAGUUGGCAUUCGUUAAUUUAGCAGUGGCUAUUCUUGGUGGUUUAGCAUUGCUAACAAAGGCAUCAACAUAUAAACCGCUGAGUUUGGUUCCAGUUAGUUGUAAACAGUCAGUGAUAACUGCAGAAAUGGCCAGGAACAUACUAUUCCAGGUUUCGUAUCAGGCUAUCUGUUCAGUCAUUAUUCAACUUAAAGGGUCUGCUCUCAUGGGUCCAACUCAGGAUAUAAAAGCCGUGAUUUCUAGCAUCCUUAUUUUCUGUCAGUUCUUUAAUCUUUUCAAUGCCAGAGAGCUACAAAAGAUGAACUUUUUUAGAGGUAUUCAUCGGCAUAAAGAGUUUUGGAUUGCUACAGCUAUGUUUAUAGUUUCACAUGCUGCUUUUGUCAUGGUUCAAGAUAUCUUUGGUUAUGGGACAAGAUUGGAAUGGAAGCUACUGGUUGGUUGUGUUCUACUUGGUGCGGUAUCAUGGCUUGUUGAUUGGCUUGGAAAAUGUGUCUCGUUGUUUGCCAAGAUACUUCACAAUAGACUACGUCGAGGAUGAAUCUUUGGAAUUUAAAGAUUGAUGUAGUUUAAAGUGUAGAAGAUGGAUGAUCAAGGGCUGCUUUCCAACUCCAAUGAGAUGGACGGUACGUUACGUACAGUGACAAUCCUGAUCAAGAAAAGAAAUAGAAGAUAAAUACAGUUACUUUAAAGAUGAACAUUAUCCAAGAAUUUGAAUUCUCAUAAGUUAUAAUUUUAUUUGGUUAAUUUACUUAGUUUUUUUUAAUUGUAUAAGUUAU